ACCAAAAACUAACUUGAUCAACACUACUCUUCUUCUUCUUCAAACCGACUACAAAAAUCAAUCUCUAUCGAAACACAAAACUCAGAAUUGAAACGACAAUGGUGGCGGCAGCGGAAGCGGGUGAAGGUCUGAAACAAUAUUACCAGCAACACAUCCACGAUGCACAACUCCACGUUCGACAGAAGACUCAUAAUCUCAAUCGCCUUCAGGCUCAGCGUAACGACCUCAACUCCAAAGUAAGGUUGCUUAAGGAAGAGUUGCAGCUGCUUCAAGAGCCUGGAUCUUAUGUUGGUGAAGUUGUCAAAGUAAUGGGAAAAUCAAAAGUCCUCGUGAAGGUCCACCCAGAGGGUAAAUACGUGGUUGAUAUCGAUAAAAACAUUGAUAUUACUAAAAUCACACCAUCAACCAGGGUUGCUCUUAAGAAUGAUAGCUACGUUCUCCAUUUAGUUUUGCCAAGCAAAGUUGACCCGCUUGUAAACCUUAUGAAAGUCGAAAAGGUUCCUGAUUCUACGUAUGAUAUGAUCGGUGGGCUUGACCAGCAAAUUAAAGAGAUUAAGGAGGUUAUCGAACUUCCAAUCAAACAUCCGGAGUUAUUUGAGAGUCUGGGUAUUGCUCAACCGAAGGGAGUUCUUUUAUACGGGCCGCCUGGCACAGGGAAGACAUUGUUGGCGAGAGCGGUGGCUCAUCAUACUGACUGUACUUUCAUUAGGGUUUCUGGUUCCGAAUUAGUACAGAAAUAUAUUGGAGAAGGUUCUAGAAUGGUUAGAGAGCUUUUUGUUAUGGCCAGGGAACAUGAACCAUCGAUUAUAUUUAUGGACGAAAUCGACAGUAUUGGAUCUGCUAGAAUGGAGUCUGGAAGCGGGAAUGGUGAUAGUGAAGUCCAAAGAACAAUGCUGGAGCUUCUUAAUCAACUCGAUGGAUUCGAAGCCUCAAACAAGAUCAAGGUUUUGAUGGCUACAAAUCGAAUCGAUAUUCUGGAUCAGGCCCUUCUUAGGCCAGGAAGAAUUGAUAGGAAAAUCGAAUUUCCAAAUCCUAGUGAAGACUCGAGGUUCGAUAUCUUGAAAAUUCAUUCAAGAAGAAUGAAUUUAAUGCGCGGCAUUGAUCUGAAAAAAAUUGCUGAGAAAAUGAACGGUGCUUCAGGUGCAGAACUGAAGGCGGUGUGCACAGAGGCAGGGAUGUUUGCAUUAAGAGAAAGGAGAGUCCAUGUGACACAAGAAGAUUUCGAGAUGGCGGUUGCCAAAGUAAUGAAAAAGGAAACCGACAAAAACAUGUCACUCCGCAAGCUCUGGAAAUAAACGUAACUGUUUUUUUUAUUUACUGUAAUUCUGGAAUUAUAUGUCUCGAAACGGAGAUUGAAGAACCACGACAUUAGUCUUUAAACUAUGGUUCGUUCACACGCUUUAAAGUUGCAGAGAUAGUUUGUUCUAAUCUACGUUUCGGUUCUGUUGCAGCGUUA